GGAAAAGGAAAUUCUUGGCUUCCGCCGCUCCGGGUAUCUUGGAAGUAUCAACUCCCUCCAAGGAAAUAAGGACCAGAGAAAAAGAAAGAAAGAAACAAGAAAAAAAGAAAAGAGGAGGCGGCUCGGUUCGAGAUCAGCGAUUGUCUAGCAUUUCUUGGAAUCACACCGUGCCAUCGUCUAUCGUCCAUCCCUAUUGGAAACAGCCACGUCAAAAAGCACCAAAGCAAGAGACGCAAAAGAUUGAGGCUACGGAGGUUUCCCGUGCACACCCACUUCGGCUUGAUAUCGAAUUCCCCGUCAAGCCACAACACUGCAGCGACGACAAACAAUUGUCAACUCGCCUUUCCACCAAGUAAAUCUCGUAUUAGACUGCCCCGGUGCAGGGGUUCUCUAUCUAUCUGAGGCUGAGACCUAGUUCUCUUGUCUUUUACCCUAUCGGAGAGGGGUGUCCAUCCACCACAGGAGUUUUUCCCUCUUUCCCCCAUUUGCUUUUUCCUUGUCCUUUCUGGCCAGGCGAUCACAGGCUAGUUAGUUAGCCAUGCAUACGCUAAAAGCUACGGCCUCCUCCUCGCUCUCCCUUGCGGAGGGCAGUUACAUCUACUCCCUUGAGGCGUCAUCUCCAGGUUCAUUUGCUGCUAUUUCGUCCGAUGACUCUCUCCGCACCUUCGACGCUGCUAGUCUGAACCAUGUGUCUCUAGUGGCUACAGACAUCCACGAGGGAGUCACUGCAUUGAAGUCCUAUGAUGACAACCAGCAGUUACUGGCCACCGGAGGAAGAGAUGGAAAAGUGAAGCUCUGGGAUUUACGAACGCGCAAGAAGGCGGCCGUGGCUGCGAUGGAGACAUCAAACCAAGCGCCUGUUUUGUCCAUCGCCUGCUGCGCCGCAACUAACAGUCUCGUUGCUGGAACCGAGCUAGCUUCGUCCCAGGCGGUUGUUGCUUUCUGGGAUGUCAGAUCACCCGCCCAAUACUCACUCCAAUAUGUUGAGAGCCACAACGACGACGUAACUGAGCUUCAAUAUCAUCCCACGCAAAAGAACCUCCUGCUGUCCGGAAGCACGGACGGCCUCGUCAAUGUUUACAACACCACCAUCGCCGAUGAGGAUGAUGCCCUGGUGCAAGUCAUCAACCAUGGCUCCGUGCACCACGCCGGCUUCCUUACCGAGCGGGCGAUCUACGCGCUCAGCCACGACGAGGUCUUUUCGAUUCACCCGGCCACGGACCCAGAUGAGCAGGCGCAGGAGCCGGAGCCCGUCCAGUUUGGGAACCUGAGAGAACCGCUUGGCUGCGAGUAUGUCGCUCAGCUGUGCAUUGGCAGUCAGGGUUCCUACGUCGCUGCUGGCAGUACGAGCGAACAACGCCUGGACUUGGUUCCUCUGUCGGCUAGCCCGUCGUGGCAGUUCAACCGGGAGAACCUGUGGCGUCUUCCGGGUGGUCACGGCGAGGAGAUUGUUCGUUCUGUGUAUUUGGAUGAGCAGUCCCAAUCGGUGUUCACCUGCGGUGAGGAUGGAUUCGUGCGUGCCUGGAAACCGCAAGGCGAGGGAAUGGGCACGGAGGAUUCUUCGACCAAGACGGCACGACCUAAGGGAAAGAGGGGUAAGGAGAAGGGGCGGUUUAACCCGUAUUGAACGUUUGUCUAUUGGUGAUGUGGUGUGGUUGUUUAUACAUGAAAAUCAAGUGUCAAGUACAGUUUCCAAAGAAAAUAUAUUCCUCCGCGCUGAGAUGCAAGAACAUAUGUAUCUUGCUGUAGUGGAAUGUCCGUGCCUUAAUAGCGACCCGCAUAGUCAGGACGUACACUUAUUUCAAACGUAGUAGAAAUGAAAACAGUAGUUAGAAGAACCGAUGGAUCAGUGGUUCGUGUUAGAUGGUCGGUUGAGGGAGGGUACAUACAGAAGCAAAAAAAGCCCAAAAGUAGUCGCCCGGGAUCGAACCGACAACCUCAGAAACUGCUGCCGUCCCUCUGCAAAAGUAACACCAGAAAAAUCUCUUCCUUUCUUAUCUCCGCGGGAAAUCAAUUAUUUCC